ACAAAGGUCUUUAAAUCUUUAAAAUGUCUGUGACAAGUGACAGGUGACAGUUGGCGGCAAAUAUUUUGUGGUUAGCAAUGAAUUCUGAAGAAGGUACAUCAAAUUCAAUUGAUGUUAAACCCGUUAUUCCGGAAGAAAAAAUUGAAGAAUAUGGAAGCCGGUUAAACAAAUUGAAAAAUAUUCAAGAGAAGAAACAACAAAUUUUAUCGUUUACUUUACCUAAAAAGCUUCAAAAACUCGCCGUCUACUCAAAAUGCCAGGGUGCAGGUUGUGAAUGUAUCGGAUGGAAGAGAAAAGAGAAAUCUGAUAUGCCUAUUACCUCUGAAGAACCCUGUAAAUGUGAUCAUACUUUAGAAAGUCACAUUCUUCACCUAAUUCCUAAACGUUCUGAAACUAUUAACUGGCUACUGAGUAUGGUUGUGGAUAUAGAUAACAUGUAUGCAGCUAUGUGUAGUGAGGAAAAUACUGAUACAAAAAAAGUUUAUUUGUAUCUUUUUAAGCUAUUAAAAAAUUGUGUUGUAACAUUAGAAAAGCCUGUAGUAGAGAGUCCUCUUGGACAACCACCUUUUGAAAAGCCAAGUAUACAUAAAGCAGUAACAAACUUGUUGCUAUAUAAGUACUCCCAUAUUGGCCAGGAAUUGAAAACUAUGGAUGAAUUAGUUGAGAUAUUAUUUCAGUGUUUGAAUACUUGGGAUUUUCCAAGUCCAUGUGAUCAGAAGUACAUAGCAAAUCAAGAGGAAGCUGCUCUUUAUAGAAUUGAAUACAAAAGAUGGUUGGCAUUUUGUUAUGUACCUACAUUUUGUGACUCAUUGCCCCAUUAUGAUACAACACAGAUAUUUGGUAGAACUUUAUUGAGGGCAGUAUUCAAAUACAUUAGAAAGCAAAUAAUGGAUCAGUUCUAUUUGGAGCGAGACAAAAUGAGUUCAGAGAGAAAAACAAUGCUGUUGAAUAAUUUUCCUCCAUUUUUGAAUCAGUUGGAAGAAGAAAUUUAUUCUCCAAAUUCCCCUAUUUGGGAUAUAGAUUUUAAGCCACAACCAUUGAAUUCGUUGGAUAGUUUAAAAGCUAAUAGAAUUCUUUUCUCACCUAAAAAAGGUCAGGAAUUUGAAAAACCCGCUGCCGGGGGUGUAGAUAAAGAUAGUUUAACGAAUUUGUCAGUCUCUUCAGGAAAAGCCUUAAAACCAUCUGAUACAUCCCCCAAAGAAGCAAAGAGACGCAAAGGUGCGCAAGAAGAAGCGUUUGAAGAUUUACCCCAAGAAACAGUGAACCAAAUACUUAAUAACAUGGACGAUCCCAAUUUUAAGACGGGAUCUGAUUUGGUUUUCUCUGAUAACACCCCAGCAACAGAUGAGGCUCCUAAAUUAGAAGAACGUAACGGCAUUAUUCAAUUACAUUUAAUUGGCAACAGUCUAACGCAACCUGUAUCUAAACAAGUAAUGCUAUGGUUAAUUGGUCUAAAAAAUGUAUUUUCGCGUCAGUUACCUAGAAUGCCUAUAGAGUAUAUAACUUUGCUGCUGUUUGAUCCUAAACAUCAAACUAUAGCUCUAAUAAAAAACGGUAAUCCUAUAGGAGGUAUAUGUUUUCGUCCAUUCUUUACUCAAGGUUUUACGGAAAUUGUUUUCUGUGCCCUUACUUUGCUUGAACAGAUUAAGGGUUAUGGUACUCACAUAAUGAACCAUUUAAAGGAUUAUCAUAUUUCAAAGGGCAUUUAUCACUGCUUAACAUAUGCGGACAAAAAUGCUAUAGGUUAUUUUGAGAGACAGGGAUUUUCCAAAGACAUCAAAUUAAGUAAAACAAUCUACCAAGGAUAUAUUAAAGAAUAUGAAGGUGCAACUUUAAUGCACUGCGAACUCAAUCCAAAAAUUAUUUAUACCCAAGCAACAAGUGUUAUAAGGAGACAGAAGAAAUUUAUUACACAACUCAUUUAUCAACAGCAAAAAACAGUUUCAAAGAUUCAUCCAGGAAUAACAUUUUUUAAAGAUGGGGUAAAAAAUAUUCCGAUUGAAUCGAUUCCAGGCUUAGAAGAGACUGGAUAUAAACCGGCCACUAGAACAACUAGAGGUCAACAUUUAGAAGAAUCUCAAGAUAUUGAUACAUUAACUAGUAUGCUUAAGACUGUACUAAAUACCGUGAAAAACCACGAAUCAUCUUGGCCUUUUAGAGUACCAGUUGACAGAGAAGAAGUUCCAGAUUAUUAUGAUCAUAUAAAAUAUCCUAUGGAUUUAAAAACAAUGACUGAAAGACUGAAGUCAAGAUAUUAUGUAUCUAGACGGUUAUUUAUAGCGGAUAUGAUGCGAAUUUUCACAAAUUGUAAGGUAUAUAACUCCCCUGAGACACCUUAUUAUCAGUGUGCAGUCAAAUUGCAGCAAUAUUUUCAAACGAAAAUGAAGGAAAUAGGAUUGUGGGAUAAGUAAACAAAAAAAUAUAGUAAAAACCCAAUAUGAAAAAAGGAAAACCAGUUUAAUAAAGAUCUAUACAACGUUACAGGAUAAUAGACGAUAAAAAUGACUAGUCAAAUCCAUAACUAUAAUAUCAUGAAAAGUUAAAAACAUUUUAGCGUUAAACUAUACAGUUACAACAAUAAAUAGCAGCAAUAUAUAAUAAAGUCUCGCAAAUUAAAGCCAUUGCUCUAUUAAAAUCUUAUAAAAGACAAUUAUAUCCGCAUUCAGCAGUUGAUCAAGGAGCAAUGGCUCAUAGUAUAGAGAUAUAUUUAACAAAGAUAAUAAAAAGAAAACAAGAUUCUUUACUUAAUAAAUAUUUUAAGUAAUACAGCAUGUCAUGUGUAUGUGUAUAUUAAAUUAUCUCGGUCAGUUGAUCUAUCCCAAAGUAAGUUUGAGAAAAUUGAAAUAGAUUUAAUACACUUUUUACACACUGUAUGUGGAGCUACAACACUUAAGCUAAAGUUAAUAAAUAAACAAAUUAAAU